AACGCAAAUUUUAACACGUGAUGGUUGUUUAAGUGUAUUAGAUUUAAUUUCUAAAUGUUUUCAUACAGAUUUCAUUAUUUGCUUGAUUUUAAACUUUUUUAAUUUAAUCAUACACUGAUGGAAAUAUAUUUUUAGCAAAAUAAGAAAAUUUUAACCUUACUUUUAUUAAGUAGCUACUAUGUUUAGUGAAAAAUCUUUUAAAAACGUAUGUGAAAUUGGUUUAAUUGUGGAAAAACCAAAGGAAAAUGAUUGCCAAAAAAUCGAAAAAAAUAAUAUGUUUGUGGAUAAUCCUGGAUUUCGCCUAAUGCAAAAAAUGGGAUAUAUCACAGGUGCAGGUUUAGGCAAAAAAGAGCAGGGUAUAAAGGAACCAAUAAUUACAAACACAAAUUUAGGAACGAGAGGAUUUGGACUGAACCUUCAGAAUCUCCAACUUUCCAAUGAGGAUUGGGAUUUCAGCAGAGAAGAAAUUCAUAUAGAACAAAAGGUGACAUGGUUGGAGAAUAAAACAAACAGAAAUUUCACAGCAAAAAAAAUGAGACGAUGGAUCGUUGAAGGGUCACCAAAAAGUGUGAUUAAUGAUUGCUACUUUUGCAACAAACACCUUUUACAACAAGUCAAAAAGGGAAAAGAAAUAUUUGAUGCAUUGGAUUCAAAGGAACUAGGGCUGGCCAGGACGAGAUCCAAUCCGUUCGAAAAAGUUCGAUCGGUGUUUUUUAUGAACCGUGCGGCGUUGAAAAUGGCCAAUAUCGACGCCGCCACAGAUUUUAUGUUCACAGACAUUGAAAAUAAUAUACACCAUUCAAAUCACGGGGCCCCGUAUUACUUUGCGGACGUGUGCGCCGGUCCGGGUGGUUUCACCGAAUACGUUUUAUGGCGUAAGGACUGGUUGUACAAAGGUUUUGGUUUGACGUUGAAGGACGAAAACGAUUUCAAAUUGAACGAGUCCACGUGUGCGAAUCCGGCCACGUUCCAACCGCUUUAUGGAAGCAAAGGCGAUGGGAACGUUUGUUGCCCGCAAAAUAUCAAAGACUUUAAACAGAAAGUUUUAUGGGAGACUGACAAUUUGGGGGUGCACUUCAUGAUGUCAGAUGGAGGCUUUUGUGUGGAUGGUAAAGAGAACUUCCAGGAGGUGUUGUCCAAGAACAUUUACAUUUGUCAAUGUUUGGUUGCAUUGGAGAUAUUAAGAAAUCACGGCCACUUUGUUACCAAAUUAUUCGACGUAUUUACUCCGUUUAGCGUCGGUUUAUUGUAUUUAAUGUACAAUUGUUUCGAAAAAGUUGCUAUUUUUAAGCCGAACGCGUCACGUCCGGCAAAUUCCGAGAGGUAUUUCGUUUGUUGUAAUCUACAAACAGAGAAACCCCAAGUUGAGAUAAUCAAGACGCAUUUAUGGAACAUUGUCAACAAAUUAUGGCAACAAAAUGAUAGUGGUAGUGGUGGUGGUAAUCCGGAGACCGAUAUUUUAAGCAUAGUUCCCGUUGAAGUAAUAACAAACGACGACGCUUUUUAUAAAUAUAUCACAGAGAGUAAUAAUAAGUUUGCGGAAAGACAAAUUAUAGGUUUGGAGAAAUUGGCAACGUUUUGCAGAAAUCCUCAGUUGAUUGAUGUAAGGCAGGAUGAGUUAAGGGAAAAGUGUCUAGAUUACUGGCACAUUCCUGAUAAAGUAAAAAUUCUUAAAACAUAUGCAUACAAUGAAGAUCAUUUACCUGUUCUUGGUACAGAACUGUUGUCGCAAGCGAGAGAAAUGAGCAAUUUGAAUGCUUUGGAAAUGACUGUUGUUGAUCUGGAGGACUGGCAUUAUUGUCCGAUGUAUUGUCCGCGAAAAACAAACAACUGUUACUUUUAUGCAGGUGUGGGUUACACAAAAGUGUGCAGAUACCAAAGAGACAAGUGGGUGAGGGUAAAGAACAUGCAACUUUCAAAAGGCACUCUGUUAUAUGGAGAGUUUGUGAGAGAAAAAGUUGUCUCAAAGGAAGAACCCAAUUCGGAAUUGUAUAAAUACAGUUUGCAUGUUAUAGACGCGUUACAACUCGGCGAGAAAAAGUUGCUCAACGUUAAAUACACAGAGAGGUGGAAGAUGAUAAAACAGUAUUGCAAAGCUGUGAAUAAAGAGUACCAAGAAAAUACAAUAAGAUUAAGGCCAAAAAUCGUGAAACCUUUGUAUACUUUUGUAACAGAACGCAUAAUCAAAAGUAAUAAACAAACUAAUGGAUUAUUUUGUGAUUUACCUGUGCUAGGGUAUAAUGUGAUUAGUGAAACGAUCGAUGUUAAUUCGUUACUUUUACUCAAAACCAACGAAAAUCAGUCAUUUAAUUCCACGUAUUUACUUCAAAUACAAGUAUUUUUAAGAACACAAGAAAAUAGAGACGAUGAUCUACCAAUUGAAUCUCUUCUGACAUUUAUAAAGGAGCAAUUGUAAUUUAUUUAAUUGUAUAUAUUAUCAAAUUGACCAAAAACAAUGGAGUGUACAUAAUUAUAAGUGUAAUUUUUAAUAAUAAAUAAUAUUUGAUAAAGUU